AAUCGUCUGAAGUGAGAGUGUGUUGCAUUACCCUCAACUUUGAUCGGAAAUUUGACAGACAACGCUGCUGGAGACAUAGAAGAACAGGGUGCAUCCCACAAACGAUAAAGCUUAAAGUGGAGGUCGCGAUGACACUGAUUAGGACUCCKGGGAUGGUAAUUGUCUUGGCAAUUGCCACGAUCAUGGGUUUCCAAUUCUUAACAUGURUCAAAGAGACCAGCUACUUCGACGUUGGUACGUCCGAUAUGGUUUAUGAAGCGAUACCCGCCGGGCUUGCGAACGUCAACGACAAGGGCCACGAUGGCUUUGUGGYUGACUACAACAAGGACGAUACUGCCGGGCCGUUGAAUCCAGCUCAGAUCACGCAUGUAUACCAUGUUGGACGCAGAAAGAGAUACGGCCGGAGCAACAAUCAAAUCAUUACGAUCCUUCACGCAGUGGACAUGGCACUCGACGAGCACGGAGAUCCACCAAACAAUCGCGCCGUGAUUGCACUCAGCACUUGGGCAUUCAAAGUUCUGAAAACCAUAUUUUACAACGGACUUGACGGUGAGUCCGAAGCCGAAGCUGACCAAAAAUUCGCCCUAGAACUGGAACAACUUCGCCCGGUAAUGCUCGUGCACUCCGACCGACUCGAAGCACUCGGACUCACCGACUCRCACAACAAAACACAGGUCAAUCUUAAGACCMAAAACUAUUACGUUUACACGGGCAAAGAGCACGAAAACAGCAGCUUGAAGGCACAGAUCGUGGAACGGCGGAGGCGGAUGYUAUGGGGCCAGCUAUUGGUGAAACACGGUGUUGCCGACAAAAAUCUCGUAUUGUCCAACGCCGUCAGAGACGUCGUCGAAAAACGGUCGCGUAUCUACGGUGACGGCAGUAGCGGCUCUAGAUACGCAACCAUUCAUUCUCGUUGGUUGGAAGGUGAAUGCGAGAGGCGUGUUGGCAACAUUCUACCAGCGGAAGACGAGUGCUGGAUGACUCCAUCCUACAUCAAGGCAAUCAUGGGAGGGACUAUUGACAUGCCUAUUGUCUUCAUAGGAGAUGGCCAAAAGUUAGAAGUUUUAGAAAAUCUGAAAAAAGACCCAGAUAUCGGUCCGGCUCUGAUUGUAGCGGGUGAAAUCACGCUUCCUGAUGGUGUGGAAGCUCCAUGGUGGACUCAGCCUUGGAAUGAUAUGAUGGUUGCCAUCAUGGGCGACAUAUUCAUUGGCACACGAGUGAGCACCUUCGCUACCAUGACGGGACUUUCGAGGGUGAUGAGGGGAGCCGAUCCUGGAAGCAAUUACAUCUAUGCGAGACGAUCCAACUCCACGGAACAAAUCGGCAACAAGCAGACACAAGUGGAAGUUGUCGAGGUUUGCAAAGAGUGCUUGUUUUAUUGUAAUCAAAAGCAGAGCAAUUUCUGUGGCAAUGAAGUAAUUUUUAGUUAAGGGUUCUAGCGCAAUAGAUCAACCUUCGACAU